GUCUUGAACAAUAAACCUUGGGAAUCCAAGAUAAAUCGCAGGCUUCAGGUGUGGCUCGGGCGGUUGAAUUCUCCUCCCUCUCGCCCCAAAUUAGAUUUGUCAAUCCUGUCUGGCGAGACUGGUAUUCCUUCUCCCAGUCAAUUCAAACAUGUCAAGAAAAGGCGCAAAUUCAUAUUUCAGUGUUUGUCGAAGACCCAAAAGGUGCUCCGCGAAUUUAUUGGGGCGUUAGAAUUCGAGAUACAAACAUGGCGUGAAAGAAUUGGCUACCUUCCCAAAUAAGGCGAGCACUUAGGAAUUACCAAGGUCCUCUGAUCCCUCUAGCUUCGUCCUUUCUGCUGCUGCAAUGGAGUUGCCGAGGAGAUUUGCCGGGAAGGUGGCAAUCGUGACCGCGUCCACCCAGGGAAUCGGCUUUGGCAUUGCUCGACGCUUGGGAUUGGAGGGUGCCUCCGUCGUGGUUUCUUCCCGGAAGCAGAAAAACGUGGACGAAGCCGUGGCGGCUCUGAAAUCUCAAGGAAUUGAUGCGAUUGGCGUGGUUUGUCAUGUUUCAAAUGAGAAACAGAGGAACAAUCUCAUUCAACAAACCGUUCAGAAAUUUGGCCACAUCGACGUACUUGUUUCCAAUGCUGCUGCCAAUCCAUCAACUGAAGCAAUCUUAAACAUGCCGGAGUCUAUUCUUGAUAAACUUUGGGAGGUCAAUGUAAAAGCUUCCAUUCUUCUUCUGCAGGCUGCUCAACCUUACUUAAGCAAAGGAUCAUCAGUUAUUCUUAUAUCUUCAAUUAGUGCCUUUCAUCCACCUCCAACAAUGUCCAUGUAUGGAGUUACAAAGGCUGCACUUCUUGCACUGGCUAAGGCUCUCUCGUCAGAAUUGGCUCCAGAUACUCGAAUUAAUUGUUUGGCCCCUGGGUUCGUGCCUACUCAUUUUGCUGGUUUUAUUACUGAAAAUGAAGCUAUUCGAAAAGAGAUUGAAGGAAAAUGUCCGCUCGGCAGGCUCGGGACAACAGAGGACAUGGCAGCAGCAGCGGCAUUUCUUGCAUCAGAUGACGCUUCAUACGUAACUGGUGAAACUUUGGUUGUGGCUGGGGGAACGCCUUCCAGACUUUAGAUUAUUUUGACUAAGGAGUUCUAAUGCACUUCAUAAUAUAAAAGAGUUCUUUUCUUUUCUCUCUCUUUUCUUGUUUAUUUUAAAUAAGUUGUUGCUGUAUUAUGUCCACCAAUCGAAACGUUAGCUUUGUUAAUACCAGAUUAUGAACUGCUUGUUUCUGUCUCA